AUUACACAAAACGUAAGAUUUGGUGUGUAAAACCCCCACACGUGGGGUCACUGCCUCUUUUCUCUCUGACAAUACAUAAUCAGUUUUUUUUCACCCAAUCAAACAGUUUCAAACCCAGUUUUACAUAAAUCAAAUAAUUUUAAUUUAAUUAAUUCCUCUUUUCUUAAAAGAUUACAGAAAAAAAAAAAACCAUCUCAAAUUUAUCAAAUACAAACAAAAAUUAUUGCAUUUCCCAGGAAUUUGCUGGUUCCUUGGGAAUUUCAAUCCUUCAAAAAAACUAGUACACCUGCUCUUUUUUUAUUUUGACUAUUUCUCUCUCUGAACAAACAAUUUAUGGGGUUUGGAGAUUCUGGGCCAGAGCAAUUUAUCAAAUUCUUGAUGGUCUUCAAAUGGCUUUGAAAUCCCAAAAUAGAAAAAGCAAGUCUUUCAUUCACAGAAUGUUUGCAGCAAAAGAGAGAAUUCGACGAGGGAUCGAAUUCCCUUCUGAAAGAGAGACUUUCAAUAGUUCUGGUACUGAAAUGCCUGCAGUUCGAAAUGCCAAGACCUUAAAGACUUUUGUGGCUACCUGGAAUGUGGGAGGGAAGCCUCCUGAGAAUAGCCUUGUUCUGGACGAUUUUCUCCAGCUUAAUGCUCCUUCAGAUAUCUACGUCCUUGGAUUUCAGGAGAUUGUUCCGUUAAAUGCUGGAAAUGUGCUUGUUUUAGAAGACAGUGAGCCAGCUGCUAGGUGGCUGGCUCUAAUAAAUCAGUCUCUGAAUGGAAGUAAUAACCACUUCCAAACGCUGAGAAAAGCAACCUCUUUGAUAGAUGCAAAGAUGCUAAACGGAACAAAAAAUGCCAAAUUAACAAGUACACCAAGUGGUUCACUGUUCUUUCCCAAGUAUUCCCUCAAAGCCAUGAGCAAGCAAUUCAGGACAGAAAGCAAGAAGAAGCUCAAGACGUGCAAUUGCGUCUCUGAGUUAGAGAGAAGAUACACUAGAGAUUCUUGUUUCCGAUGCCAACAAACUAGUGUUAGUGAUGAUUCAUCAGAAGAGGAUGAGGGACCAAAUGGGGUUGUUUUUUCAGAAAUCAUUAAUUCUUCUGGACGUAACCAAAAAUACAGCCUGAUUGUGAGCAAACAGAUGGUUGGAAUUUUUCUGACUAUAUGGGUGAGGAGGGAGCUUGUUCAACAUAUCAGUCACUUGAAAACUUCUUGUAUCAGUCGUGGUAUAAUGGGCCUCGGAAACAAGGGAUGUAUAUCUGUGAGCAUGCUUUUGCAUCGAACAAGCUUUUGUUUCAUUUGCAGCCAUCUGGCUUCUGGGGAAAAAGAAGGAGACGAGCUCAGAAGGAAUUUGGAUGUUAUAGAGAUACUUAAAAGUAGUCACUUUCCUAGGAGAUGCAAAGUUCCAAACAGCCGAAUUCCAGAGAGAAUUUUAGAGCAUGACCGGAUCGUGUGGUUUGGGGACUUGAAUUACAGGAUUGCUUUAAGUCAUACUGAAACCCUGAAGCUAUUGAAGAAGGGUGAAUGGGAAACCCUGCUCAGCAAGGAUCAGCUGAAAAUCGAGCGGGAAGCAGGGCGAGUAUUCAAAGGAUGGAGAGAAGGGCUUGUAAAAUUUGCACCUACGUAUAAGUAUUCAUUCAACUCAGAUAUUUAUCUUGGUGAAACCAACAUCUCGCCAAGCAAAAGAAGAACUCCAGCUUGGUGUGACAGAAUAUUAUGGAAAGGAGACGGUAUACAUCAAUUAUCGUAUGAACGCAAAGACUCUAACAAGUAUCAGUUUUCUGAUCACCGCCCUGUUUGUGCAACAUUUUCCAUGGAUAUUUCAGUUAGGGAUACGUCAAAUUCAAACUUCCUCAAAAUUGAAGUCGAAGAACUCUUACCAAAAUAACCCCUGACUGAAAAAAAGGUACUAACGUAGAUUGUUAUCGUCAAAAACUGAAGAAACACCCCGAAUUUUUCGUUGCUGAAUAGGAUGAUAAGUUGUAGGCAAUUCUUUUCAGCUAACCCAUCUCCCAUCUAGCUUCCCAAUUUUUUGUACAGCUCAUAUUUUUUUUGUAAUCUUUGUUUUCUUUUUACUCAUUCAUAAAUGUAUCAAUAGUUGCAAUGGUUACAUAGCACAUCUAGGCCAUUUUUCCUUCCUCUUCAGCUUGCAUAGGAAACUAUAUUUUUUUUUCCCAUUUGAAUGAACUUGUACAUAUUUUUGCUGCAGUUUCUGAUAGUGAUAUAGGCUGUGAAUUCAUUAUUAAUACUUGAAGACUUAUUUCUUGUUCCUUAAA